CGUUGCUAGUGUCAACAAACAGCUGAUAAGUAUUGUUUUCAAGUACGGUUCUGGCGUAUUUUAGUUACCCAUUAAAAUAAAUUUAAUAAAAUGAGUGAAGCGCCCCGACUUAUCGUGCUUUACGGAAGCCAAACGUACACGGCUCAAGAAGUAGCAGAAAGAAUAUGGCGAAAAACGAAAGUCCUGGGAUUUCGAGGGCCGGUUCAAGCAAUGGACGAAUACCCGAUAACAAGCCUUAUAAAAGAGGAAUUUGCUAUAUUCGUGUGCGCUACAACUGGCCAGGGAGAUGAACCGGAUAAUAUGAAGAAGUUCUGGAAGUUUCUACUGCGUAAGAAUCUACCUCCAACCUCUUUACUAAAGUUAAAAUAUGGAGUGCUUGGUCUUGGUGACUCGUCAUAUUUGAAGUUCAAUUUCGCCGGCAAAAAGCUACAUAGACGGUUAUUGCAAUUAGGAGCAACGCCUUUAUUAGAUAUAGGACUUUGUGACUACCAGCAUGACUUAGGUCAUGAUGCAGUAUUAGCACCAUGGCUAAAGGAAUACUUAUCAAUAUUAAAAACUUAUUACCCGAAAAUAGAACCAGAUAACAUAAAAACUACUUUCAUACCUCGAUGGAAGGUAUCUUUAGAAAAAUGUGAGGAUAGUAAUAAGACUAGUAAAAAAGAUGGUUUGACUGAAGACAUAUAUUUUGCAAAAGGCAUAAAGGAUAGUUUUGUUGAUGCCACACUUUUGGAAGUGGUGCAAAAUUACAGAACUACACAUGAGUCACAUUUUCAAGAUGUUCGAAUGAUUACACUCAGAACUACAGGUAAAACAACAGUAAAUUAUAAACCUGGAGAUGUAUUUAAUAUACGUCCUAGAAAUAGUAAGGAGGAUGUAGAAGAUUUAUUUAAUAUUUUCAAAGAGCACAACAUUGAUAUACUACCUCAUUACAAUUUAGUAGUCCAAGAAUACCAUGAUGAUAUGCCCGUCCCAGCGUUCCUAAAACAACCGCACACUUUAUAUGAAAUAGCCGAACAAUACUGGGACCUACGGAGUUACCCGACACAAUAUGUCUUCUCUCUUCUCGCACAAGUGUCUGAAGAUAAGUUAGAAAGAGAGAAGUGUAUAGAGCUCAGUUCCCCUGAAGGACAAGAAGACUGGCUUAAUUAUUGUAGAAGGCCUAAAAGGACUGUGUUGGAGGUCCUACACGACUUCCAUAAGUCAGCAUCCAAAUUGACAUUAGAAGUAGUCUUCGAGUUGUUUUCCACUAUCAAACCCCGGUCCUUCUCCAUAGCAAGCAGUUGCCUUCCAUCGGGGGGGAGAGAUAUAGACCUUUUAGUUGCCGUUGUCAAUUACAAGACUAAGUUAUUGAAGCCACGACUCGGUUUAGCCUCAAACUGGUUGAAAGAUUUGAAUAUCGGUGAGAAAGUGUAUGGAUGGAUCAAACCUGGCACUCUAGUGUUUCCUAAAGAUUCUUCGACUCCCCACAUCCUAAUAGGUCCGGGCACAGGCCUAGCUCCAUUCAGAAGUCUUCUACAAGAAAGAGAAAAGCUGCAAACGGCUAAAAAGGACGCCCUACAUCUAAUAUUCGGCUGUAGAUACAAAGAGAAAGACUUCCAUUGUAGAGAGGAGUUGGAGAGAAUGGUGAAACAGGACAAGUUGACUCUGUACUGCGCGUUCUCUAGGGACCAGGAGAAUAAAGUAUACGUCCAACACAAAAUAUCCGAACAUAAAGAUCUGCUAUGGCAGUUGAUAUCCAAUCGGGCAUAUAUUUACAUAUCAGGCAACGCAAAGAAUAUGCCUGAUAACGUGAAAGAGGCCUUCGUGGAAGAUGUUCUAAGCAAGACAGGAGGCCAAACCCUUGAAGAAGCCAGAGCUAUGCUGAAGGAAAUGGAGAACAGUGGAAGGUUUCAAAUCGAGGCCUGGUGAUGAAGCUGACCUAAUAAUUUGACCUUUUUGGACCGCCACGGUUUGAAGUAGCCGACAAACUUUCUUCUGUAGUUUUUUUAUUGAGUAAUUUCUAUUAUUUUCUCACCUUU